AUGGCGGACCCGCGUAAGGGCUCGUCGUCCUCUGGGCGCGAGAAGCAUGGCCAUGCUCAAGUAGGAAACUUCGUCGUCGGCGCGGAGAUCGGCAAGGGCAGCUUUGCCCAGGUUUACAUGGGAUGGCAUAAGACGUCUCGAGCAGCCGUAGCUAUCAAAUCCGUCGAGAUCGACAGACUAAACAAGAAGCUCAAAGAGAACCUCUAUGGAGAAAUACAAAUACUCAAAACCCUUCGCCAUCCGCACAUUGUAGCUCUACACGACUGCGUCGAGUCCAAAACACACAUAAACCUGGUAAUGGAGUACUGCGAGCUUGGCGAUCUGUCAUUCUUCAUCAAGAAACGAGACAAGCAUGCGACUCACCCUGCUACCUACGAUUUAGCGCGAAAGUACCCAUGUCCCCCGAAUUCCGGCCUCAACGAGGUUGUCAUUCGUCAUUUCCUGAAGCAGCUAGCUAGUGCCCUCAAGUUCCUCAGGGAAAUGAACUAUGUCCACCGAGACGUAAAGCCGCAAAACUUACUGCUUCUCCCAUCCCCAGAGUACCGAAAGGUCCACCCGCGGGACAUCCUCGAAGCAAGCCAAGACUCACUGAUCCCCGUGGCCGGACUCGCGUCUCUCCCCAUGCUAAAACUCGCCGAUUUCGGAUUUGCCCGGGUCCUCCCAUCUACCUCCCUCGCGGAUACGCUCUGUGGUUCGCCCCUAUACAUGGCACCCGAGAUAUUGCGAUACGAACGAUACGAUGCUAAGGCUGAUCUCUGGUCCGUAGGGACUGUUGCCUUUGAAAUGGCCACGGGAAAGCCGCCGUUUAGGGCGCGGAACCAUGUCGAGCUCCUUCGCAAGAUCGAGGCCAACGAGGACGUAAUCAAGUUCCCGCGGGAAACUAACAUUAGUCCGGAAUUGAAGGCCGUUAUUAGGGGUCUACUGAAACGCAACCCUGUUGAGAGAAUGAGCUUCGAAAAGUUCUUUGCUGAUGAAGUCAUAACUGGAUCCAUUCCAGGACUUGUUGAAGAUGACAUCCCCAAACCUAUCCCCAUACCCCAGGAGCCCAAGGUUGCUCCUCUGCCUUCGCCUCUGGAAAGGCCCAGGCGUUCACCAGACCUUCCUAGGGAAAGCGUUAUGCCGAGCUCUCCUAUUGAAACAGGGUCUAAAUCACCGCUGGUUGGAAGUCCAGGCACUCGCACUGCUGCGCUGACCCCGACCCACCGAGACGCCGGCACUGGUCUCGGCAUCCGCCAGCAUCCUCUCCCUCAAGCUCAACCGUCGACAUCUAACUCCCCACGCAGAUUGUCCGACGUUACUUCCGCCCGUCUUCGAGACAAUCAAUCAUCGCCCCCCUCAUCUCUACUUAACGAGCACGGCAUCAAGAAGCGAGGGCGCGUACAAACAAGCCCGCUCCCAAUAGAGGAGCAAGAGAGAGCAGCCCAAGAGGUUGCAUUUGAACGUGACUAUGUGGUCGUCGAGAAGCGGCAAGUUGAAGUUAAUGCCUUCGCUGAUGAGAUGGCCGCCAAUCCCCGCCUCGGUGGCCAUGGAAACACUGGUACUUCACCGAGAUCUGGCCAAGUAGUGCGGCGCGCUACGCAAACAAACUCGACAGGAGCCGGGGCAAACCAACAAUCUCGAGCAAUCCAAAUUGCGCAAGGCAAAGGCCAUCACAAUCACCAAGGUUCUUAUGACAAGGGGGCUUCUGCCGCGGGUAGUAGCCCUAUCUCGGCAAGUAGCGCCAUCUCGAAGGCAAUACAAGAUGCAAGCCUUCGGCUCUUCGGCUUCAAGGUUCCUCCCGUUCGAGUUGGAAAGGGACAGUCACCGCCUCUAUACAGCCCAUUCCCCGCCUACCCGAUACCCGCCAACCAAGCCGGCCUGCUUGAGGAUGGCAAGCGCGGCGCAUCACCGGAUGAGGACGCCCGGGUCGCCCAGGCAAUUGAAGAGUAUGCUAACCGCAGCGACUGCGUCUACGGAUUCGCGGAAGUGAAGUUUAAGCAGCUGUUUCCAUUGGCACCAUCGAUGGAGCACGGACUAGGUGGUGCGUCGGCUGAGGAUAUGGACCCUCGAGAUGAGGGAUUGACCCUGGACGCCGUGGUUACUUUGUCGGAAGAGGCGUUAGUCCUUUACGUUAAAGCGUUGUCUAUGCUCGCAAAGGCCAUGGAUAUUGCUAGUCUGUGGUGGCAACAUAAGACGCAGCGCGAGCCUAGUCCAAAUACCCGAGACGGCCAAGGAUCCCAGUUUCUCUCCAUGCGUAUCAACUCGGCGGUGCAAUGGGUGCGGACGCGCUUCAACGAAGUUUUAGAGAAGUCGGAAGUGGUCCGACUGAAGCUCGUGGAUGCGCAGAAACAGCUUCCAGAAGAUCACCCGAGCCAUCCAAGCAACCACCAGGGCGAUUCGAGUUUCGAUGCUGGAGAGAAGCAAGUGUACUUAACACCGGGGAUCAGCGCGGAAAAGCUCAUGUACGACCGAGCAAUCGACAUGAGUAGAACCGCGGCGAUUGACGAGAUUGCAAACGAGCACCUGAAGGAUUGCGAGGAGUAUUACACCACGGCCAUUCGCAUGCUCGAGGCCGUUCUCGAUGUUGAUGAUGAGUCUUACCGAUCAAGAUCUGGUUCCACCUCUAAGGACACGAGGGCUGAUAAUGGGCGUGAAAUAGCGGGCGAUCUUGACCGCGAAGAUCGGAAAGUGGUCAAGAAGAUGAUCGGCCUGAUCCGGGGCAGACUCUCGAUGGUCCGAAAGAAGCGGAGCGUAAUUGCCGAGGCUGAGAAGGCACAGCUUGUCGCAGAGCGACGGCGGAGUGGUGAUAUGACGCCAAGGAGCGUUCGUUCUCAUGCAUCAUCAUAA